AUGGGACACCGCAAAUCACUGCUACUUGCAGCUUCGUGCUUUUUCAUAACGGGACAGGCUGCCCACUCUCUGUCGCAUGGGUACUUUCAUCAUCGCGCUGAGCACCAGGCUCAUCCACGCACAGCUGACUCCGAUAAUGCGAGCUCGACAAGCGUGUCAAUGUUCCCUAACGGCACUCUAUCUGGCUUGGGUCUGUCAUCCACGUGCGAAAACGCAUUGUACCAGACGCUCGACUGCAAUGAUGCCGUCUCGUUGAUUGACACAGAUGACUACAGUGAUAGCCUGGACAAUGCCACACUGACAGCUCUAAUCUGUGCUUCCAGCUGCGAGGCUUCGAUUGCGCAAUUGCAUGAUUCGGUUUCGGCUAAUUGCGGUUCAUCAGCUGAACUAAUUCCUGGAAUGUCGUUCCUGGCUCUCGUUGACCAGUUCUGGAGCAGCUGGAAUCAAUCUUGCUUCGUGGACCCCACGACAGGCGAGAACUGCAAUGAUGAGAUUGCAUCCUUUGCUAACGUCGAUUCGUUGUCCAACAUCUCAACCUCGGACUUGUGCUCCUAUUGCUACGUGAAGAAGCUGGAGCUGAUGCAAGCGGAUGCUUAUUCGGAUGCCUACAACGAUGACUGGCAGUCGACCUUUGAGUACGUGGCAGCAACGUGCAAUUUGACGGUGGCGGACUUCAACGCCACGGCCAGCGCCUUCAAUGCAUCCGUACCCACGACCACCCCCAGCUGUGUCUCGGGGAAUGUCUACACCACUCAAGAUGGUGACACGUGUGACUCAAUUGCUCUGGCAGAAGGGGUCUCGGCGGCAACCAUGUACUACACCAACCCCAAUAUCCUCAAUUGCUCGGCUAUCUCAGCUGGAACCGCUCUCUGCCUUCCCCUGACCUGCACCGAUGUCUAUUCCGUGCAGCCUAAUGAUACAUGCUCUACUGUUGCAGUCGCCAACUUCAUCACAACAGCUGAGGUAAUUAACUGGAAUUCGCAGUUGACCUGGAAUUGCUCCAAUUUGCACUCGACCAAUCCUAACUGGGGCUCGGUGCUCUGCGUCUCCCCUCCCGGUGGAACAUACACCGGCCAGGCCUUGAAUACGACGUCUUCUGGCGAAGCCGAAGCAGUCGAUCCGCCAGCAGGCGUUCAGGUAGCCUUGGGAACUACCCUUGACUGCGGUGCGUGGUUUGUCAACGAGGCCAGCUUGAACUACAACUGCUCGGACAUCUGUCUGGCCAACAGUAUUGCCAUUCACUUGUUUACUGAGGCUAACCCUUCGCUCAACUAUACCACCUGCGACUCGGAUCUUGUUACGGGUGACGCUUACUGUGUUGACCCUUUGUCUGGCUGGCAAUACAGCAACAUGACUGCGACAAACGGCACCUUGACGACGGUUACAGCUGCCACCACCACGUCUACCUCCGUGGCAUCGGUGACUCCCCCUGGCCCAACUCAGAGUGGGAUUCCCUCAAACUGCGAUGAGUACUAUGUUGCACAAACCGGCGAUAAUUGUGCUACUGUCGCAACCAAAUACGACAUCACCGAGGCUCAAUUCUUGGCCUGGAAUCCGGCAAUCUCCUCGGACUGUACGACAGGUUUCUGGGCCGAUGAAGCGUACUGUGUUUCGGUUUCCUAG